UAUCGUGUCUUGCUCCAACCAUCAUGAGCUCCGAUUAGAAUUUAUAAUUAUUAAAAAAAAGUGAAAUAACUAACAAAAAAUUAACUUAGUCACAAACAAAAAACAUCACUCGUGUUCCUUUUAAUUAAUUUUUUUGAUUAAAGGGAAUAACCUUGAAAAUCGAAACAAGUUUAAACCAAAAAAAAAAAAAAAAAUACAAAAGAUAAACAAACCAGUAUCAAAAAUGUUUCCGAUGUUGAAUUCAGUGCUGAUGAAGCUGUACAAAAUAUUUCUGUUCAAACUUCAUCUCUUUGGACUUUAUCUGUCACGGAAGUUGGUGCGAGGAGUUAUGGUCGCCGCCCGGAUAUUCGUCGUGCCGUACAGUCGCUUCAAGACACGAAAUAUCAAAAAUAGAAAAAUUCCUGCCAUCAAAAAUUCACUGUUAGAAAUUCCGGCGACAAAAUUGGCUGUGAUGAUUCGUACGCGCCAAGUGCGGUGCGAAGAGGUGAUAAAAGCAUACAUCGAACGGAUACAAGAAGUUAAUCCCUUUAUAAAUGCCGUCGUUGAGGAUCGUUUCGAGCUGGCGUUGGCAGAAGCACGCAAAGUUGACGAAUUUCUCGAACGUGGCACGAAAACCGUCGAAGAAAUGGAAAAAGAAACGCCACUUUUGGGAGUGCCGAUCACCGUGAAAGAAAGUAUCGCCGUCAAAGGCAUGCAAAAUCAAGCAGGUCGCGUGUGGAAGAAGAAACAAGUGGCGGAAGAGGACGCUCCAAUUGUGGCAAACAUGAAAAAGGCCGGUGCCAUUAUUUUAGUUGUUAGUAACACGCCGGAACUUUGUUUGAAUUGGGAAACGGAUAAUAAUCUAACGGGCCUCACAAGGAAUCCCCACAACCCAAAACUGACUGCUGGCGGCUCAUCUGGCGGUGAAAGUGCCUUGUUAGCAGCUGGAGCCUCUCUCAUCGGUCUCACAUCCGACAUUGCCGGUUCAUCACGUCUUCCUGGUCACUUCACCGGCGUUUUUGGUCACAAACCAACCCCAUAUUCCGUUUCAUUCAAAGGUCACGCCCCCAGCAGCGACUCUCCAGUCUGGGGAAAUUACUUCACUCUCGGCCCCAUGUGUCGCUAUGCCGUCGAUUUGCCACUCGUACUCGAAAUAAUGAAAGAUCCCGAGCGAAAUUUGAUCGAACCACUCAAACAAGUGCCGCUCAACAGCAUCCGGUACUUUUACAUGGAGAACGACGGUCCCUCGGGCGCCAUUCAACCACUCGACGAGGACAUUGAGAACGCUUUACUCGACGUUGCGCGACUUUUUAACGCGAAAAAAGUCCGAAUUAGCGGCAUGAAACACGCACUCGGCCUGUCGAUGUCCUCGUUGCUGCGCAUCGGCAACAUCGACACAAUUUUCAACAAACACGAGGAAGGACAACCAAAGAAAACGGUCGGCAAGGAGUUCGCCAAGUACUUUUGCGGCAUGUCCGAUAGCGUUUUUACGUCGAUCGCCAUCGGCAUGAUGCAAAACAUCAACAAGCAUCUAGUCCUGGAGAAAACGCAUGCGAAAGUCGACGAAAUGGUGACGAAACUCCGGAAUCAGUUCACCGAGUUGCUCGGACCGAAUGGCGUUUUUAUCUUUCCCACGUUCCCGACAACGGCGCAUCAGCAUUACGAGAUUUGGCACAAGUUGCCUGACACGGUGUACUGCAUGGUCUGGAAUACGUUGGGAUUUCCCGCGACAAACGUCAUUGUGGGCAGUGAUAGGAAGAAUUUGCCGAUUGGCAUCCAAAUUGUCACGUUGCCAGGGAAUGAUCAUCUUUCGUUGACGGUGGCGAAGGAAAUUGAACGGAUUUACGGCGGAUGGCAGAAACCACCGAUGGAUCAGACUGCGUACAAAGAAAUAUCAUAUUGAUGACAAUAUUUCCAAAAAUGCUGGAAAUUUUCAUGUAGGGGAUUAAUUUUGUGUAUUUUAGUAAUAAUUUUAUAAAAUGUUUGAAUAAGAGUAAUAAUGUUGUUGUCCCAAUAAAAA